AUGGACUUGACCAAGCCGUCCGCGUGGAAGGUCGCUGCUGUCGUCAGCUUUUACAUGGUAGCAGCACUAGUCAUGGUCUUCGUCAAUAAGGCCGUCCUGAUAUCGACUCCCGAUGUCCCACUCUUGUUCCUUCUUCUCCAGCUCCUGCUCGCCGUCGCGUUACUACACAUCGGUGCUUUCAUCACGCCAAAGAUCGAACUUCCUGCACUGGAUCUUCGGGAUGCAAAAGCGUUGCUCCCAGUCGUAGCUGUCAACAUCAUAGGCCUUGUCUUCAACAUGCUAUGCUUGAGAGAUGUGGAAGCGUCCUUCUUCCAGAUCGCGCGGGGUCUCGUCCUCCCUUUGACCAUUGCGGUUUCUGCAUACUGGACCCGUACAAAGCCCAAGAUCCAACCAGUACUAGCGUCCGCCAUCAUCACACUAGGAUUUUUCAUUGGCGUGGCCCCAGAGAGAAGCUUACCCGUCGCAUCCAUCCCAUCCGUCAUCUCGCUGGUAUAUGGCCUCCUCUCGUCACUCAUGAUCGCUCUGCACGCCGUUCUCAUCAAGUCAGCUUUGCCCAUCUGCAACAACUCGACCAUUCAACUUGCGUACUGGACAAAUCUUGGAUCGGCCAUCCUCCUUGCUCCGUUCAUCCUCAUCGUCGGGGAGCCAUCCAAAUUACUGGCCCUCGUAUCUGAGCCCCAGUCCAACAUCAGAAUCCUUCUCUGGGGUAGCUUGGUGACAGGGAUUUUCGGGUUUUUGCUCUGCAUCGCCGGUCUCCUCUCAAUCAAGGUCACAUCUCCGGUCACUCACAUGGUAUCAAGCGCUGCACGCUCCGUCUUGCAGACCCUACUUGGAGUCUGGAUCUUCUCCGACAUUCUCACUAUACAACGUAUGACUUCACUCUCCGCCAUCCUCGGGGGAACUCUGUAUUAUACGUGGCUUAAAUCCAGCCAAUCGGGACCCACACAGCAAACAUCUCGGCCACGCGAUGCCGAAGCUGCGAUCUCUCAGGAUAUCGACCGAAAGGAGGAAGGAAAGCCCGAGGGGAAAUGA